GCAAAGAAAAGAUCCAAAAUCGAGUUGGGAAAACACAAGGAAGAAGCAAAUAUAAAAAAGUAGACCUAGACUCGUGGAGAAGAAUCUAGAACCCAUUCCUUACCACUAAUUUAAUAAUGAUUUAUUCUAGACCCUUCUUUUUUUCUCUCCCUAAUCUACGGUCAAGAAACCCCUUUUCACACUGAACCUUCAAUCACGUCCGUUCACAACAUUUAACCUUCAAAAUUUCAAAACCCAUAAAAUCGUGUACUUCGCCUCACAUAACUCUUCAAGUUGUCAUUUUUACCAAGAACUCAGAACACAAAACUGAACAAAGAGGAGAAAGAUGUUUGGAAGAGGACCUAAGAAGAGUGAUAACACGAAGUACUAUGAGAUCUUGGGUGUGCCCAAAAAUGCGUCUCCAGAAGAUUUGAAGAAGGCUUAUAAGAAAGCUGCAAUUAAAAAUCACCCUGAUAAAGGUGGCGAUCCAGAAAAGUUCAAAGAGCUAGCUCAUGCCUAUGAGGUCUUGAGUGAUCCUGAGAAGCGUGAGAUCUAUGAUCAAUACGGUGAGGAUGCUCUCAAGGAAGGAAUGGGUGGAGGUGGCGGAAUGCACGAUCCUUUUGACAUCUUCUCAUCUUUCUUUGGAGGAAGUCCAUUUGGUGGUGGAAGUAGCAGGGGACGAAGGCAAAGAAGGGGAGAAGAUGUAAUACAUCCCCUCAAGGUAUCACUUGAAGAUCUCUAUAGUGGUACAACAAAGAAGCUCUCCCUCUCGCGUAACGUAAUAUGCUCCAAGUGCAGUGGCAAAGGGUCAAAAUCAGGAGCUUCAAUGAAGUGUGGUGGAUGUCAAGGAACUGGUAUGAAGGUUUCUAUCAGACAGCUUGGCCCUGGAAUGAUUCAGCAGAUGCAGCACCCUUGUAAUGAAUGUAAGGGUACAGGUGAGACGAUUAAUGACAAGGAUCGAUGCCCUCAGUGCAAGGGUGAGAAAGUUGUACAAGAGAAGAAAGUUCUAGAAGUAGUUGUCGAGAAGGGCAUGCAACAUGGUCAGAAAAUAACCUUCCCUGGAGAGGCAGAUGAGGCGCCUGAUACCGUCACUGGAGAUAUCGUCUUUGUUCUGCAGCUGAAAGAGCAUCCCAAAUUCAAGAGAAAGGGUGAAGAUCUCUUCUACGAGCACACUUUGAGCCUCACUGAAGCCCUAUGUGGCUUCCGUUUUGUGUUGAACCACCUUGACGGAAGGCAACUUCUUAUCAAAUCCAACCCGGGUGAAGUUAUCAAGCCUGAUCAAUUUAAGGCAAUUGAUGAUGAGGGUAUGCCGAUCCACCAGAGACCUUUUAUGAAGGGCAAGCUGUACAUCCACUUCACAGUGGAGUUCCCUGACUCUCUGAACCCAGAUCAGGUUAAAGCACUCGAAACUAUUCUGCCUCCAAAACCAUCAAUGACGCUGACGGACAUGGAGUUGGACGAGUGUGAGGAGACUACAUUGCAUGAUGUCAAUAUUGAAGAAGAGAUGAAAAGGAAGCAAACUCAGGCUCAGCACGAGGCAUACGAUGAAGAUGACGAGGAGCCUUCGGGAGCUCAGAGAGUCCAAUGUGCUCAACAGUGAUUUCAUUGAUUUUACUGAAAUGCAUAUAUACAAGUGGUUGUUGGCCGUCAUUCUCACAGAUUGAGUAUGGUUGUUACUAGUCAUAGGUGUGUUGAAAAUAGACUUCUGAAACAUGUUUGAGACUAAUGUUAAAUUUUCACAAUGUUAAUUUUUGACUUGCAUCUGAA